CACAACAAACAUUUAUACCGAUGCUCCCUCACUCAGGCUUCUACACGUGCUCGUUUCUUUGUUGUAUUUGGUUAAUAUUUUGUCUUGUACUGAUCAUCGAGCUGUGCCUUGCCCGCGUGUUGUAUGAGACUUGGGUCAUGACCAGUGCCAAGGGUUUACUGCGUGCCCAGUAAGGUCGUAUUCCAGUGAAAACAAGUGGAUAAGGCCUACCAUGAGCUAUAGGAAAGAAUAAUAAAGACUACCCUGACAGAAGAACAGUAAACACACUAGCAAUCAACAGUAUAUUUGUAAUAGGCUAUAGUAUGGUGAGAUGUAAUUAGGACACUGUGGACUGUGUUGCCAGGCUAGAUGCAGAAUCUGCGUGGUAAAUCAGAGCCAAAAUGAAGGAAAAACCCCAACGACAAGCCCACAAAUCUACAAACACCUUUACUUUCCGAGGGUUUGGAGAGAAAGUAAGAAAUCUCAAAGUUAGUGCUAGGAAAUUCCUUCUACAGCGUCCACAAACCGAAGAUGGCGAGAGUGUCACCAUCUUUUUCCAAACCCUUCUGAAAUGCAGAGAAGUCAAUCUCACCGAAGCUUUCCAGGCAUUUCAGAAUGACCUGGGUGGAGACAUUCAGACUACAGUUCAACUGGUUCAUCAAGAAAAGCAUGUUGCUAAAUGCCUGGCCGACCAUUUGGCCACACCAAACUCUCUGGCUUUGCAGGCACUUCUAGACCUUUUGGUAGCCUUUGCAAAUGACAUUCCUCAAGAGUUCUACCAGCAUCACUUUUAUGAAUUUUUACCAAGACUGGUUUCACAACUUUCAACUAAGGACCCUGAACAGAUAGAGUCUGUGUUUCUCUGUAUUGUAUCAUUAUUUGUAGUUUUACAAAAGUAUCUUCGUGAUGACCUCUAUGAAUUAUAUCAUGUUCAUCAGUAUGCAACUUUACUUUCAAAGGCACAUCCAUGGUAUAUCAAUGAGCUUGCUGCCCAGAGUCUCGCAUUUCUCAUACGGAAAAUUCCCAAAAGGAACAGCUUUUUGGCCAUAGCAUUUAGGAAAUUAAAGAAAGAUGAAAGUCAGGUGCAAGGUUUAGGAAGACUUAUUGCUGCAUUAAUAAAAUCUGAUGUAGCCCAACGUUUACAAAGUGUAACUCCUCAGAUAUUAUCUUCAUUACUUGACCUUUUGGGAGAUGAAGACAUACCAACGAGUUCAGCCCUGGAAACUAUCGCCUAUGCACUUAAAAUUGUUGCUGGUCACAUCACAGCCCAACACCCAAAUAAGCAUACCAAGUGGCAGACAUUGUGGCAGGAGGAUGCUACCAUGGUAUGGCCUACAUUAUGGAGAAGCAUACAAUUAUUGGUUCCCAGUGCGCAUUUGCCUGGAAACUCCUGGCAUCAUCUUCAUGCUGUCUUACAAGUGAUAGAGGUUUUAGUGAGUUACAAACAUGGUGUACUUCUGGUUGAUGUUUCUGAUGCCUUAAAUCAGUGCAAAACUAUGGUUCAAAUUUCUCUUCCAGACAGUGUUGGUGGUACUGUUUUCAAUAUUUUUAGCAUCUUGCUUCUGUCAUCUCAUCAUCAGAUUACUAGCUCAACUCUUAAAGAUGUAGUAUCAGAACUUUUAAGUUCUCAUUACUCUCAUGUGGUUAAAUUCAAUGCUAUAAAGCAGCUAGUUGAUCAUAUAAGAUUUGACACAGAGAUCUUACCACUGGUAUUGCAUUACCUGAACAAUUUGGUAAGAACUAGUGAAGUGGAAGAUAUUGACAAAGAAGUGCUGUCCAUGCUUGCAUUUCUUGUGCAGCAUAAGCAACCACCAUGCAGCACAGGAAUGGAUCUGGACUCGUGGAGAAAAUACCCGCUGGAUUUCUCGCGUACACUUUCACCUGUUAAGGGCGUUUGUGAGAAGGACAUUCCAUCAUUAAUUGAAAACAGGUUAAGCAAAGGGCUAAUGGAAGAUCUAUCAAAUUUAGAAGAGUUGCUGUUGUGCUUGUUGUGUUUGCCACAUGUGUCACCCCUGGACUACCAAGAUGUGACUCCAUACCUUACUUGGAUUCUCAGUGAUGCGAUUGAAAUAUUAAAUGAUAAGACUGAGAAAGUUAUUGAUGAUGAUAAAACUGUAGCUGCAAAAAAGAAAGGAAAAUCAGAGACUGAGGCUCCAAAUCUUACUAUUGACUUAAAUAUUAAAUAUAACAUCAAUUUGAAUAGUAGGAAGAUUUUGUUUUUAGUAGCAGCUUUGAUCGAGGUGAUGUUGCAUACAUUAACCGGUGAAGAUUUUCUGGCCAGCUUAAGCCAAUAUCAGAUAUUAGAAGUUUUAAAGGUAAAGCAACAAUAUAGAGAGAAUGUCUAUAUCCUCAAGGCAAUAGAUUUGCAUUUUACUGUUGCAUCCUCAGAGAAUGAUUCUGACAUCAUGAAUGAAAUAUUUUUUAAGGAUAUUUAUUAUAUUCUUGCACCAGCUUUGUGCUCGGCCAACCCUCAAGUUCGUUUAUUGGUUACUCAUAUAUUUUCAUUAUUCCCAGUUACCUUACCACCACCACCAGAGAAUAUGGGAAUUGUUGAAAACAUGUUCCAAAUUAUGCUGAAGGCAGAAUGUGUGGAAGUGACACCUUGGGCUUACAAGGAUCGCUUACGCUACUUGUCUAUGGUUGAUGCUGAUCACGUAGUGUACCAUCGUCCUAUAUGUGGAACGUUUGAUCAGGCUCCUCUAUUAUUGUUGCUUGGACAGUUGUAUAUUAAUUAUAAAGAUGUUUGGAAUUCAGUUCUACAAGGAAUAUCAAGCUAUGCCCACAGUCUAAAAACUGACAUGUUUUGGCCACUCUGGUUCUCAAGACUAAAGAUAGCUUCUUAUAAUACCAGCCAGGUACUACAAGGGAAGACAGUAGACCCUCAGGAAGAUCUUUUCUUUGAAAAUGAGAUCCUUCUUAAUGUUGUUCAAAAUGUAUCAACUCACCAUGGUUUUAAAAAUUUACCACUGAAACCAGAUUAUUUAAAUUACAGAGACUUACUCUGGAGAGCAAUGAAAAAGUUCCCUGAUAUCUGUGAAGCAAAAAGUAGGGAUCUUGUACCUUUGUUUUUUAAUUUUCUUGAAGAGGAACUAUUCCCUGCAGACUUUACUGUGGCUCCAACACAAAAUCUUUGUGUCAGAAGCAUUUCGAACACUGCAGUCACCAGUGAAGACCUUAGUAACUCUGCAUUGAGAGAUGCAAGUUUUCAUCAGAAUGUAGAGAAGAGUUAUGAAGAAAAUAAAAUAGAUCAUUCAACUCCAAGAAGGGCACCCAUUAAAUCACUCUGUGAACAAUUAACAGUUUUUUCACAGUUUCACAACCCACGAAUGUUGUUUCAGACAAAGAAGUUAGAAAAAAUGUAUAAAGAAUUCUUAAGUCAUCCAUCACCUGCACUUCAGAAAUUAGCCCUUGAUUGCAUAAUGGCAUAUAAUCACCCCUAUCUCACACCAUAUAAGGAAAGUUUGUGCAAAAUUUUAGAUGACAAGUCAUUUAAAAAUGCUCUAACCCUUUUCAGCAUUGAUGGAUCAGAGCAAUGCGUACAGGAUGACCACCGCAAUGAUUUAAUGCCCUUCCUUAUGAGGAUUCUGUAUGGCAAAAUGCAUUUCAAAACUGGCUCUAAUAGUUCUGGCAAGGCUAAGAUUUCAGUACGAAAAUCUGUUGUGCUUAGGUUUUUGGCUGGUGCAAGAGAAUCUGAACUAAAUUCUUUCCUUGAGCUAUCUUUCGAUGUACUGAUGAGUCAUCUAAAUGGCACUGCCCUAGAUGUGGUGAACCGAUGCUGUCAGAACCUUGACAUAACAAAAGUUGUACCUCUUAGUAGACUGCAAGGAGCACUCACCACACUUGAAAAUAUAAUAGAAAAGAUUGGAAAUAUAUUAACGGAUCAGAUUCCUUUCUUGUUGAAAAUUAUACUUUAUAUAGUUAACCUGGUGUCAUUACUACUAGAACAACGUGCCGAAAUAAAUGAACGCAACAUUUCUUUUCUUAAGCACCUACGACAACAAGCACAGAAGAGACUCCUGGCAUUUUUCCAGCAGUUUAGAGACUACCACUGGUCACUGGAAGAAAUUGAUGCAGUAUUCCAAGCAGCUGUUUGGCCAAACCUAAAACGCCUCCCAGAUGAAGGAAUCUCCACACCAACGCCUCUUUUAGGUCUCUUUCAGUGUUGGGCUGAAAACCCUAGAUUUUUUCCUUUGUUUGCUAAAUGUCAUAAAGACGACUCCUCACUGACUCCACUACCAUAUCUUGUGAAGUUGUUAAACCAUGAAAAAUGUAGUGACUCAGUAACUGCUGUUAUUUUGAACAUUAUGGAAAAAUUGCUCACACUUGAAGAUUACAGUGCUACAAAUAAAGAAGGAGAGAAGACUGUGGAGCCCCUUCCCUUAAGUUCUCAUGUUGUACCUGUUACAAAACUGGAUUCACGGGAUGGCAAAUAUCAACAGAAUUAUGGUUCGGCACUGCUUGUGCCUCACCUGGAUAGCCUUUUGCAAAGCAUGAAAGUCAUGAUCUCCAAAUUAGGUAAAGGCCGAUGUGUAACGCAUCGGGACCUCACUAUUCUAACAAAAUUGACAGAGUGGCUCACAAAUAAGGACAUCAGUAAUGACUUGUUGAGUCUUAUUAUACCACUUAUCGUAAAAAAACAUAUUAAAAAGGAAGAUAAGAUAUGUCAGCUACUUAUAACUUGCUCUUACCUCUUGCCUGUAAUUGACAGUUCAAUUCAAUAUUUGAGGCCACUUGUUACUCAGCUUGGUUGCCUGAAGAGCCGUGAAGCACGAGAUGCCCUCUGUCAGGCCAUUACUGCUAUAGCCAUGACUAAUCCAGAUUACAAGACACUUGCAGAUGCAGCAGCUGAUCUUAAUUCUUGGAACCCUAAAAUGGUUGAAGAAAUUGAUUUUGAACGACGACUAAGUCGAUACCAGCAAUUGACUGAGUAUUGCAAAACUCAACAGUGUCUUAAUAAAGUUGAUGUAGACUUUUGUCAGCUUUUGUUGUACAAUAAUAUGUUUGUAAUAUGUCAUGUAGAAGACUCAUCUUUGAGAGACUUGUCAAGUGUUUGUUUAAAUGAAGUAACUGACAUGCUUGCUCGACUGCAGCCAACUCAUCCUUCUGAAUUCAAACAACUCAUGGUUGAUAGAUUCCUGCCACUGAUAAAACUUGGUCUUCAAAGUGAAAAGGAAGUUGUGAGGAUAGAAAUUAUAUCAGUUCUUCGCCUAAUGGUACACAAAUGCCAUGAAUAUAUAGACACACUAAAGGAUCUUUAUAAACUCGCAGAUGAAAUUGAUGAAGACUCUGAUUUCUUUAGCAACAUGGGGCACAUUCAGAGACACAGACGAGCCCGAGCUUUGGGAAAGCUAGCAGAUGCAUUAAACAACGGCACCCUUUCGUUUACAACUCAAACUGUCACAGAUUUCCUAAUGCCAUUGGUAACAUCAUAUCUAUUCAAAGAUAUGUAUGCGAAAGAGGAUUAUUUGAUAUCUAGCUCGGUAAAUUGCAUUGGAGCAUUUGCUAAACUCCUACCUUGGCAUCCGUACCAAAAAAUGUUACGAAACUACUUGAGUGUGUUGUUCAAAGAAGAUCUCAAGCAUCUCAAGCUUGGAGUAAGACUUUUAGAUGCUGUACUUAAUGGCUUUCAUGAGGAUGUUGAAGAGCUUGAUAUUGCUAUGAAGAAGAAAUCGGUGAAAUAUGAUAGUGCCUCACAAAGUGUGCAAAAAAAUGAACAAAAUAUGUCUGAAGUAGGAGAAAGUGUUGAAGAGGAUGGAGAGGAUGAUCAUUCAAUGAGAAUCGUUGAGGACUCCGUAAGUAAACCACAGAAGAUCUAUUGUACACUCGUUAACACCAUCAUUCCACAGAUUCAGAGUACCCUGGCUGCUAAAACGAAAGCAGAAACAGAACACAAACUUAACAAAAGUAGAUAUCCUGAAGAUGAAGAUAUUAAACGUAUCCCUCUUGCAUUUGCAUUAAUAAAACUCCUCAAGAAACUACCCAGAAAAGUACUUAAUGCCAAUGUUAAUAACGUACUUAUGAAAAUGAUUACUUUCUUAAAAUCCAAAGCAGAAAGUAUUCGGGAAGAGUCUCGCAAUAUGCUUGUAAAAAUUAUGGUUGAACUAGGUGGGAGAUAUCUUCCUUGGUUGGUAAAUGAUUUACAAAGUAUCCUCACCAGCGGUUUUCAAGCACAUGUAUUGGUUUACACCUUGCAUUCAGUGUUGUCUCAGCUACGCCCAGUUCUGACCCCAAAGGAUGUGGAUGCAUGCAUGGCACAGAUGGUCAAUAUUUGCAAAGAAGAUAUUCUUGGUUUGCAAGCAGAGGAGAAACAAGUCAUUCAGAUAACCAGUAAGGUAAAAGAAGCACGAAGUGAUAAAGGCUAUGAUAUCUUAUGCUUUACAGCUGAAUUCAUAUCAGCAGACCGCCUUAGAGAUAUUAUUCUGCCACUAAAGGAUGUGUUAGCUGAUACACAAGACAAGAAAGUAGUUAAUAAAAUGACUAGAUGCUUGACUGAAAUUGCUAAGGGACUGGAGAAGAAUGAAAAUAUAUCUAUUACUCAUAAAUCCAUUUUCAUAUAUGGAAUUUUAAAUGAAAAAUUAACUGAAAUAACAACUGACAAGACUCUUGGGAAACUAGCAAAUAAGAAAGGUAUUCAAAGAGCAGACUCAUUCCUGCUUCAACCUGAGCCAAAGAGAACAAGGCUUAACCCCAAAACGUCCAUGAAGGCAACUGCUCAUGUACUAAUUGAAUUUGCAUUACAUCUCCUCUGUAAUUUAAUGAAGAAGGAAAAACUAAUUCCAAAAGAGCUUGAGCACCAGAAGCUGUUGGAGCCAUAUGUCUCAGUGCUGGCACGCUGUAUAAAUUCUGAAUAUCCUGAAGUGAGUUUACAAGCACUGAAGUGUGUUACUUGUAUAGUUAAAUUUCCCCUUCUUACUCUGCAGAAGGAAUUGAAAAAUAUUUGUGCACAGAUGUUUAUAAUCUUGGACAAAUUUUCUUCUCCAGAGCUUGCUAAGGGAAAGAUCUAUGAUCUUGUUCAGUUUUCUUUUAAGACCUUGGCUUUAAUUCUUAAAACAGUUGAAUUUUAUUUGUUGAAUGAAGAAGAGGUGCGUGUGCUGUUACAGUAUGUAGAAGGAAAUCUUGAAGACCGUAGUCAGCAACAGACAGCUUUUAUUGUUCUCCAGGCUAUUGUUGCAAGAAAGAUAGAUGCUCCUGAAUUGCACGAGUUGAUGAAACAUGUCCGAGAAAUGAGUAUUACAUGUGGUCGGCAAUAUGCAUUGCAGCAAGCACGUAUCACUUACUAUACAUACCUUCUCACAUAUCCGAUGAAGCCAAAACGUGUGGAAGCAAAUGUACUGUAUUUUCUUGGUAAUGUAUCAUAUACACAUGAGGAGGGUCGGUUAUCUGCCACAACUAUGAUCAAUGCUAUUAUUGCCAACUUUCCCAUUAAAGUGUUUAGCAAGGCAAUGGAAACAAGUUUAUGGUUCAAAUUAUCCGAACAGAUGUUGAAAGAUGAAUCUAAAGAAAACUUGUUUUUGUUGCAUAAAGCUUUGAAGACACUCUUUCAGAGAUCCCAAAGGAAAGAAAUGUUAAUUGAGUUGUGUAUGAAGCUUUUAGAAGAGAAUGAUGGAAAUGCUGCAUCAGAAUUAAUAGGUAUACAAUUGGCUUCUAAAGCUCUAAAUGCCUUUCUUGACAUACCUGUUAAACAACUACCAAAUAGUCUUUUGUCAUGUGUCACUCCACAAAUAAUCAAGCUUAUUAGUCCAUCAAGGUACCGUACUCAGCUUGGUAUUAGCAAUGAACAGGAUGAAUUUGAUGAGGUGGACAUGGAUGUCCAUCUUCGACAAAUUGAUACCACUUUAUCUGCUCUUCUGGAAGUGCUGACCAAACUUGUAAGCACUUUCUUAAGUCAUACAGAAUGGAAUAAACAUGUUAAUGAAUGUAUGUGGGACUUUGUGCAGGCUCAUUUACAGUACCCACAUAUACAGGUGAGACUAAGUGCUGCUGGCUUGAUAGGUCAUCUAUUAGCUGCACACCCCAUAGAGGGUGAGUCAUCACCCUCACUUGCUGUUUCAACUGAACGAGCACGCUCCCUUGUAUUAGACCUUUGUGAACUUUUGCGAACACAAGCUUCAGCUGGCAUUCCUCUUGUGAUGCAGUUAUCACUUACUGUCAUCAGGAACCUCAUAUAUCUUGUUCGCCAUUCAUGUAAAGUGUCAUUGGUACUAAAAUCUAAAAAAGAGAGUACUGCUGAAGGUGAGAGUGAAAAUAUUAGGAAUGAAAACCAAUCUUCAGGGAAAGAGACCAUUGUCCCUAGUGCAGUGUGGGUCAUCCGUCGUGUUGGUGACAUGGCUUAUGAAGAGCUGCAAAAGAGUGGGAAGGAUUAUACUGUAGUGCGUGAAGCAUUGUUAAACCUUAUGGCUGGUCUGGUUGUUGCAGCUGGAGACAUAGUAAAAGCACCAACUCUUCUUACUUACAUGGUAAAGCAUCUUGUUCGUGAAUUAUCUGAUGAGCAUGUUCCUAAGUCUCUUGCUGCAAGGACCCAAGAAGUUGCAGCACUAGUGAAGGAGUGUGUUGGUCUAGAAACUUACACUCGUUACUUUACUGCCGCACAGGUUGUACUUUCCAAGAAAAGAUGGGAGAGGCGUGCACAGGACCACCAACAGCGUGCUAUUAAUCCACAUCUUGCAGUGAAAAAGAAGAAGAAGAAGCAAGAAUCAUUUAAAGAAUCAAAAAAGAGAAGAACUGCCGACAGGAGAGGGAAAGUAGUUGAGAAAAAAAAUGUAACUUUAAGGCGCCAUGCAGUUGUCAUGGUAUAAUAAACUUUAAUCUUUGUUAUAGAUAUAUUUUUAGAUUAAACAAAUUUAUAUAGUAUAUAAGAUUUGUGCAUUGUACCUGUAAAAUAAUUUGAUCCAAAAAUGUAUCACAAAAU